CUUUUCCUCUGGACAGGUUUUGAUAAAUCUCCCCCAGUAUAUUCAAAAUGUGUCCCUAAUCUCAUAUUAUUUCCAUCUCUCUUCAGUAGGACACCCCCUCUGUUGGUGGUUGAAUGGGAACUCUUAGUGGCGGACCGGUGUCACAGACGCAGCUUGCAAAUCCCACACUCACCGCUGGUGGUCACCCUACUAACAUGAGUGCCCAGGAACAUCACAAUGAAGCUGCAGACUCCAGCCUUGAGGAGGCAGAAUUUAACUGGGAGGAGUAUUUAGAAGAGACGGAGAGUACGACGGCUCCUCACAGCUUUUUCAAACAUGUGGACACCUCCAUGCAGACUGGUUUGUCUCCAGGAAUGAAAUUAGAGGUCCCACUUGGGACAGACCCCCAGUCUUACUGGAUUGCAACUAUCAUCACUACUUGUGGCAAGUUGCUACUCUUACGAUAUGAUGGAUGUGGGGAAGACCGGUCAGCAGACUUCUGGUGUGAUAUUGUGGCUUCUGAUCUUCAUUCCAUUGGGUGGGCCCAGCUGAACAAGAGGACCCUUAGUCCACCAGAAAUUCUAAAAGAAAAAUUGCAGAAUUGGGAAGAAUUUCUUGUUGAGACAUUGAAAGGAGCCUGCAGUGCACCUACUCAUCUGCUAGAGGGCCCACACAGAGGGAAAGACCCACUAGAUUUGUUUGGGCCUGGUUGCAGACUGGAGCUCCAGCACCCAGAAGACUCCUUGGCUGCAUGGCCAGUCCAAGUGCUAGACAACAUUGGUGGGCAACUUCAGCUGCAGUAUGAAGGAGCCCCUGAGUGGCCAAGCCUACACUGCUUCUACCUUAGCCCAUCCUUGCAUGAAAUAGGGUGGGCUAGUCAGAAUGGUUAUGAAAUAAAGCCCCCCAAAGAAAUUGUUCAUCUAAACACAGCAGAGAAGUGGAAAGAAAUACUGACAAAGUGCUUAGAAGACACUGGAAACCAUGUACCAGCCGACUUCUUUCAGGUACAAACGCAGAUUCCCAAUCAUACAUUCACAUCUGGCAUGAAAAUAGAGGCGAUAAAUCCCAAAGAUCCAACAUGCAUUGCUCCUGCAACAGUGACUAAGGUCUUCAAUGACAAGUAUUUCCUGGUUGAACUCGAUGAUCUACGGCCUGAGGACUCUAGGAAUUAUCAGACCAUGGUGUGCCACAGAAAUAGCCCACAAAUUCUUCCUGUAGGUUGGAGCCUAAAGAUGGGGCUGACUGUCCAGCCUCCUCCUGGUUAUUCAGAAGAGGUCUUUGACUGGGAUAAGUAUCUGACUCAUUGCAAUGCUCCCGCUGCUCCUGACAGUUGUCUCCCUGAGGUCCAGAAUGAACAUGUUCUACAGGAACGUAUGAAGCUUGAGGCCGUCAAUCCAUUCCAGCCACAGGAUAUCUGCAUCGCUACUGUCACAAAGAUCACUGGCCCAUAUGUCUGGCUCCAGCUCGAAGGUGUAAAGACUCCUGUCCUGGAGUGCAUUGUGCAUAUGGAAUCCACUGACAUCUUUCCAAUGGGAUGGUGUGAAACAAAUGGACACCCAUUGUGUAUCCCACCACCUACGAAUGGAAAAUAUAGGAAAAAGACAGCCGGUCACUCUCAGAAACAAGGUUUGCCUGCUAAGAAUGGACAUGGAGUAAAUGGGUCAGAUACUACAAGCGGCCACACCACAUCUAAUGGAAAAUAUCUAUGCCCCAAGAUUUACUUCAACCACCGCUGCUUCUCAGGCCCUUAUCUAAACAAAGGAAGGAUCGCAGAGCUUCCCAAAUCUGUUGGUCCAGGAAACUGUGUUUUGGUCCUCAAAGAGGUCUUAUCAUUAAUCAUCAAUGCUGCUUACAAGCCCAGCAGGGUUCUGCGUGAACUGGAAUUACAGGAUGAACCAUUGUGGCCUCAACAUGCAGAAAUCUUAAAAGCCAAAUAUAAAGGAAAAACAUACCGUGCUACGGUGGAGUUGGUGAGAACAUCAGAUCAGGUGUCAGAGUUCUGUCGGAAAACCUGUAUUAAACUGGAGUGCUGCCCAAAUCUCUUUGGACCUCUUAUGGUUCUUGAUCAGUGCUCUGAGAACUGUUCAGUGCUAACAAAGACUAAAUACACUCACUAUUAUGGAAAACGUCGUGGACGGAAUUUGAGCAAUCCUACUGGCAUAUUACGCAGCAUAGAGGCUGCUCUGAAGAAGCCAGCCAAGAGGAGGAAGAGAAGAAAACAAUUCUUUGUCCACAAGAAGAAGCGCUCCUCCAACUCCGUAGAUAACACACCUGUCGGGAGUCCUCAGGGAAGUGGUGAUGAAGAGGAGGAGGAGGAAGAGGAUUAUUCCCCAAGUGAAGAAAGCGUCCAAGAACAUCAAGAGGGAUCAGAGAUAUCAGGAAAAGGGUCAUCAUCAGCCUCACCUACUCGUAGUGAACAGUCCCUGAACUGUGAGAAAAAAAGAAAACCGUGGACGCUUGAAAGUGAAAAGCUUCUGUCAGCCAAGGAUAUCCGUAUUGAGCUGAGGGAACCCUUGACAUUGAAUGGUAGCCCCCUGGACUGGACGGUGAAUGAUGUAGUUGAAUACAUCAAAUCCACAGAUUGUUCCCAUCUUGCACGACUCUUUCAAGAACAGGAAAUAGAUGGAAAGGCUCUUUUGUUGCUGAAUCUGCCCGCUGUUCAAGACUGUAUGGAUCUCAAGCCCGCCAUGGCUAUUAAACUGUGCUAUCACAUUGAACGAGUAAAGCUGGCUUUCUACCAAAGCUUUUCUAGAUAAAGUAUCCCGCUGUAGGAUAGUGGACAUACAUCUUUGGUCCAGCACAGCCCACGUGGUCUGAACAAGCCUUAAGUGAUUUGCACUUUUUAUAAAAUUGUCACUUGUUUACAAGUCCUCAUGCUAUUUCCGUCCUAGGCUUGAGGAUAGGAGGAAAUAAGUAGUCAUUGCUACCCAGUUCCCUUUAUGUAAAUGUGGGGUUACACCUCCCACUAACUUACUUAUAUGGGUUACUAUGGGUGUGAUCUGCAAUGCAGUACAACAAGCUGGACGAAAACAUGUUAUAGGUAUUUGUAAUAAGAGAAGUGAUGAAAUUACAUGAAAACCAGCCAUUUUUUUCUUUAUUGAUAUAGAGUCCUAGAGCUAGUGAAAGUCGGGGUGUUCCCAACAUGCAGAGUUAUCCUCUGUCUACAGGAUUGGAAGAUGCUGAUCGGUGGUGGACGCCCACCAAUCACUAGAAUGGAGGAAUACUGUUCCCCGAAUGAAUGCAGUGCUGGCCGUGUAUGCAUGCUGUGCUCCAUUCAUUCAGGGGAGAGUUUUGCAUUCUUGUGAUCGGUGGAGGUCCCAGCGUUUAGACUACCAUCAAUAGUUACUUCAAGCAAAGAAAAAAAUAUAUGUAGCCAGCUCACCGUUUGUAAUGAUUUGGUCCUGACACUCGUAGGAAUUGGUUCGGAAGCCCGGAGAAGAAGCCAAGCCGUUGUCCUGGUAUAUAGAUAAACCAUAGAAGAGAAGGUUCCAGCUCCCGAAAAAAAUAGAUUAUAAAUUCUAAA